CAUAUACCGAAACACUUUCUUAAGAACCCUGGGGGCCACCAAGAAAGGAGGGAGUGAAGUAUGUAGACCAAUCAAAGAUAAGUGUUAUGUGGACUCCUCCCCACCCUGAAUUACAAAAUGGUGUUAUCAUCCACUAUGUUUUGUGCAUACGAGAAUAUGGUCCCAAUUUCGCAUGUGGCAGAACCACGCAGGUUCUAGAAUCGAGCGACAUGAGUUUCACUUACGGUGGCCUGAGCCCCAAUAGAGAGUAUGUUGUAGUGAUCCGAGCCGCGACCAUUGUAGGCCUGGGACCGCCUGCUUUUGUCCAGAAGACUAAAGGUCAGUGUGAUCUACCCGUCCUGCACCGCGGUGACCAAAUUGGUGAUGACGGUUUUACUGCCAGCGGUUAUCUUGGCAGCGGAUAUGCGCCGCACCAUGCCCGCAUAGAUAGUGACCCACCCUGGUGUGAUAGCAGGCUGAAAAACAAUACCUUCGUGCAGGUUGACUUUGGCGGACCUUUACGAGUCAUUGGCGUGGCUACACGACGUGACGAUGAGCAUUGGAAGAGUUGGGUUUCUUCCUAUGAAGUUAUGUAUAGUCUGAACAACGUGAGCUGGCAGUAUGUUAAUGUCAGCGGCAAUACGAUCAUUGAUGGAAACGCAGAUACGAUUCAGGGGAAAAUGGUGACGUAUUUCAUAGACGAACCGGUUUUAACUCGAUUUAUCCGGUUCCGAGUUCUAUCUUUCGCGGGUCUCCAUCAGUGUAUGGGCGUUCAGAUCUUUGGCUGCGCGCCUGCUGUUAAACCAACGGCUACAGUUCUCCACAAGACAGCCUGGUCCAUCCAGGUCUCAUGGCUGCCAUUACCGUUGGAAAUGGACAACGGAAUGAGCUUUGGCUACAAGAUUUGUCAUAAACUAAGCUCGUCAGAUGAACGUCGCUGUGCUUAUGUUGGUCAGAAUACCACGUCGUAUAAUAUAACAGGCCUGAUUCCAUUCACCCAUUACGAUAUCGAGAUCUCUGUGGGGACCGUAGCUGGGUACGGGACACCUGUGCUGCUGUGGGAUGAAACAUGCGAAGCAGUACUCAGCGGUCCUCCACGAGACUUCCAUGUGUUGAAAAUCACAGCGACGAGCAUAAAAUUGUCCUGGUCCAACCCACACACAAGCCACUUGAACGGAAUAAUCAUGUUUUACGGUAUAUGCUAUCAAGAGGCGAGCUUGGAAACGGAUUGUCAGAAUGUUUUAACACUUUCGGGCACGAGCCUGCAGUACGAGAUAACUGAUGGACUGCGGCCGUACACAGAGUACAUAGUUGUUGCUAUGGCAGCGACUAAAGUUCCCGGAUGGAGCCCCAAGGCAGUACUUUAUGGCACAACUCUUCCAGCAGCCCCGUCCGGGCCACCGACGUCUUUGUUUGCGAUUCGCGUUGCGGCGCGAAUUCUGCAAAUAUUCUGGAGACCUCCCGAGUCCAAGAAACAAAAUGGCGUCAUCAUUGGCUACCGACUGUGCAUCAAAGAGAAGCAUGCGACAGCGCCGUGUACCAAUUACGUCACCCUACCUGAGAAUGAGAUGAACAUGCACAGCGUCACCGGACUCAAGCCUCAUACUUCAUAUAUCAUUCACGUCGAAGCUCAAACCUCUUUAGGCUACGGUCCAGGAGAGUCUUUGAACUAUCGCACUGGGGAAGCAGCUCCUUCAGCGCCCCCGAGGGUUGAAAUAAAAUCCACGUCUUCGGUCUGGAUGGAAAUCACAUGGUCACCUCCAGAGAUAGAAAACCAAAAUGGGGUCAUUGCCUUGUAUGAAGUGGAAGUAUACGAAGAGUUGGCGGGCUCAAGAGUUGAGAGAAUUGCAAGAUAUUUGAUGCGUGCGCAUACUACGUCAUGGAAGAUUUCAGGUCUGAGCCCGGGAACGCACUAUAUACUUCAAGUCAGAGCAGGAACUGCUGUUGGAUUUGGACCAGCGGUUAUUAUUUACAAAUGCAGUGAAGGUCACCCGAUGCAUGUGCAUGCGCAUGCGGGUGAAUCCACUGACCAUAUUCACAAAGAAAAAUUAUCCACGGAUGAUGUUACUGGCGGAUCCAUCUUGUUGUUAGCAUUGGUUGCUGGUGUCGUCUUCAGCAUCUUGUGGAAUAAAGGAAUUCUCCCAAACACCAGAACGAGAAGACUGAAGCUUGAAUUACGAAAAGAGAAAGAACGACGAGAGAUAAACGAAAUUAGCGAGUCAUCUGGAACUGAAACGGCUGAUGCAGAAUCUCGUGAUUCUGAACUCGAUGAUGACGAGGACGUGCCAUGCUCAGUAGAACCAAAAGGUACGUCACCGACCGAUAUUGCCAUCACCGAGACCGCACACAAUUCUGAAGAACCUCGUGCAAGUCAGCCGAAUCUGACGAUUCAGAAUACGUAGAAAGUUUUAGUCUAAAAUGUUAGUUGUAAUCUAAUAUAUG